AUGUGGCUUCUUGUUGUUCUUCUUUCUAUCUUCAUUGUUGCAGUGGCCUUUCUUCUCUUCUAUCUCCUUCGUCCUAUAUAUCGUCCGUUGUUUCUUCGCGACCUUUACGAUUCACAUGUUGUCGUCACGGGUGGCUCGAGUGGCAUUGGCAAAGAAUUGGCUCGUCAACUACUCCACGAGCAUGGGGCUCGUGUGACCAUUUUAGCUCGCAAUCAACAACGUCUCGAUGAAUGCCGUCAAGAUUUAACGCCCAACGACAGUGAUCGACUAUUGUGUCUGUCUGUCGAUGUGGGUGGCUCGUACGCUGAUGUACAAAAUGCGAUUGAACAAGCAUGUCAUCAUCAUGGCAACCGACCCGUGAACAUUUUGAUCAAUAAUGCUGGCGUUUUCUAUGCCAAAACAAUCGAUGAAACAACACCUGAUGAAUUCGAACAGAUGGUUCGGAUCAAUUAUUUGGGCGCUGUCUAUUGUACAAAAGCGUGUCUACCAUCGAUGCGCCAUCUUGGAUCGGGCCGUAUAGUGCUCGUGUCAUCGCAAGCCGGUCAACUAGGUGUAUUCGGGUAUACAUCCUAUUGUGCAACGAAAUUUGCUCUCAAAGGCUUAGCCGAAUCACUUCAAAUGGAAUUAGCUCGUGAUAACAUUUAUGUCACUGUUGCGUAUCCACCCGAUACAGAUACGCCUGGUUUGAUCGAAGAGAAUAAGACAAAACCGCGAGAAACACAAUUGAUCAAUGAAACAUCAGGUGUUUUGUCAGCCGAUGAAGUUGCCAAAAAAAUUAUUGUCUCAGCACGGCAAGGUUCAUUUGCCUGCUGGUACGGCAUCAAUGGAUUUUUGUUGGCUUGUUUGACGAGUGGCGCCCAACCGGUGACAAGUGUGCUCGAACUUACGUGUCAAUGCUUGCUCGCCGGUUUGACACGUCUCAUUAUUGUCAGACUAUUGAAUUCAUUCUAUGCAAUUGCGAGACGACGAACUAUGUAG